GCAACACCAACAAUGGUCGUAACGCAGUCGAUUGGCUGAGGAGCGAGCAAAUGGUGUCAAUCCAUCAAUCAUUUGGGAAAGAUACCAUUCCUAAGUGGCUUCUGGGAUUGGUCAACCUACACAACCAAAAUGCUAAGUCGUCACAAGAUGGGAGCUUUAGCAAAUGCAAUGUCAUUGGCCAAUAAUAACUAUUGUUGUCCUUCAAGCAUGCUUCGUGCCCUCAUUGAGAUAUGGUCUCCAAACUAUGAAGAGGUGGUUCCAAGUUACAAAGAGCUUACAGAGGACUUACUGCCUUGCUGCUUAUUUCUGUUUAAAGCCUUUGCCACGAUCAUCCAAAAGGAGAAUUCUAAUCGUGUAACUUACGCUGAUUGGCUCGACUUGUGGUACAAUCGCAACCCACCAUAUGCCAAUCCACUUAAGAGCAAACGAUAUAUAGAUAUGUCUGAGUUAAAGUAUGAUGGCAAUGGGAAUGUGAUUUUAGUUCCUAAACUUGACUGCCCAUUGAAGUGGACAUUUAGACAUGAGAGGAAACUAAGGGGUGUACCAAAACAAUGGGAUCGACUUGGCAUAUUUGUUUUUCUAGAUGGGGAAGAGUUUGUUAGAGUUGAAACUUUCAAAGCUGCAGCCCAAAUGGCAAUUGGUGUUACCUACAGCUUGGUUCCUCCUAUUUUAGCAUGCAUCUAUCGUGGACUUCGACCACUGACAAAAGUGCUUGAAGGACUUUCCCAGCCAGAUAUAAAGCUUCUUUACCUAUGGUUCGACAAUUCAUGGGGUUUUGAAUGCAUAACAACCUUGGGAACCAGAGCCCACCCGGGACCUCGAGUUGAUGAUGGGCAACGACGGGCUGACACUUUGGAUUUCAUAGUGAGCAUCAAAGCAGGUUAUGUGGUGCUCCACCAAGAAAGCCGCUUCACUAAGAAGUCUUACAAUCCUCACCAAUUUGCUAGACAAAAUGGAUUUCAACAAAGACUUUCAGGAAGGCAUGUUGAAUUACCUCAAGGUGGUGAAGUGUCAGAUCUUUACCGCUUUUGGUUAUCUUUAACCCGAGUGCAUAACAACACAUUUCUUCAUACCCCCUUAGCUGAAGGCGGAGUAGGAUCUAGGGUCGACCCAACCUAUGUGAAGUGGUGGAAUGAAGAAGUUUUUCCUUCAAUUUUUGCAGUUAGCAUCCAAUUCUUGAAGGCUAGUGAGGCUAGAAAUUUCAUGGCAUCCCUAAUGAAGAGCACUGUGAUCAAACCUCAAGGGAAAUCGAAAUAGCUUCAAGCACUAUUGUCUCCCUCACAGAAGUGAAAUCAUACUGGUGACCCUAGUCCAUCUUCAAAGAAGUAGAAAUGUAACAGAAGCCUCAAAGAGUGCUAAACUCUUUGCAAUAGUCACCUUCAACGCCUGUUGCCCCACAAACCACCAAUCAAGUUUGUUAUGAAGGGAAGCAUAUUUCCUCACCAUUUAAAUGAAAUCUCCUUUUUUGU